AUGAACCAUAACAUUAAAGAUGAGUUGAAGGAAAAACUGACAGAUAGACAAUUCAAGUUAUUUUCCAAAACUGGUUUUGGAAAAUAUAUGGAGAUGCAAGUUGACACCGAGGUGCAGGGUCAGUUGUUUAGGUGUUUUAUGGUUAGGGAGUUGAAGCGUAGUAAUAGCGAUGCGUUUGUUAUCGAUAUUAACGGGACGGAAUUGACAUUCGGUCUUUUUGAAUUUGCUUUAAUUACUGGUUUGAAGUGUUACGGGGAUGAAGUUGUUUUUGACGAGGGUUCUAACAGAUUGUUGGAUCAAUAUUUCGGUGGUUCUGGUAAUAGUGUUUUAAAGAUGACUUUAAAUAAGUGCUUUGAAGACAAGGAUUGGGGUGUUGGUGAUAACGCAGAUGAAGAUGCUGUAAAGAUUGCUAUCCUGUAUUUCAUUCAUAAUUACAUACUUUCAAGUGAAAAGAGCAACGUCACAGUCCCAAGACAUCAUUUUGACUUGGUGGAGAGUGAACAGUACAAUGAACAUACUUGGGGUAAGGAAGCAUUUGAUGAUUUGAUUAAGAGUAUUCACCACAAGAUGGACAAGCCGAAGCAGUUUUAUUGUCUACGGGGUUUCCCUUUUGCUAUGCAAGUGUGGAUAUAUGAGUGUUGCUCUAAUGUUGACCCUAAUUUAAUGGUUAAAACCGAAAGCCGAAUCCCAAAAAUGUUUAAUUGGAGAACAGUGAACCCAAAGCCAUCUGUUAACUACUUGAUGUUGGGCAUGUUUAAGGACGGUGAGGACAUUAGUUGUAAAUUCAACAACAUUGUUCCGACCAUAUCAGAGGUUGAGAAGCUUGGUCUGCGUGCAUAUCUGGUCAACAGACGUGCACCACCACCCCAAACACACCAAGAGGAGGAAAAUGAAUAUGCUGAUUUUACCACAACACCUCCCCAUGUUGCCGCUGCCAAGAAAACUCAAAAGAACGAUGCUUCAAAAUCUCCACCGCACAAGAAGCCCAGGAAGAUGUCGACGGCAGCAUUGCUUGUUCAGAAGUCACCAACCACUAUCCCAAAAAAACCUACAGUUGGACAAUCAUCUAAAAAAUCUACUUCGGUGGUAGAUAAGCCAGUUCAAUCAAAGGAAAAAGAAAAAGAUGCUCCAAGUGUCCACCGCGUUCCUGUUGACGACGUAUCCACCAGCAAAUCAGUUGACCUCACAAGUUUGAGGCAGGAACUUAAUCAAUUUAAGCAGGCAGCGGUUGCUGAAUUCAUGGUUUUUUUUACUGAGCUCAAGGAUCUUCGCAAAACUAUUGAUAAAAAAUUCAAAAAGGUUUUGGAACAUGUCAAAGGGAAACAAAACUCAGAAAAGGAUGAUGACAGUGAAACUCAUGUUCCUUUACAUGAUGGCAACAUAAAUCAACCAGCUGAUGAUUACAUGGACCAUGAUGACGAUAUUCACAUGGAGACUGAUACGGGUGAUGUGCAUCCAACAGAGAAGAAGGGUCUUGCACCGGAUAUUCAAGUCGGUAUUGGCAAUGAUAGCGGCGAUACGCUGAAAGCUUCAACCGAAGAGAUUGCGGAAGGAGGUGAUCAUUCAGGAGAACCGAAGACUUCGGUUGAACGUCCGGUGGAUCCAACAGAGGAAAAGGGUAUUGCACCGGAUAUUCAAGCUGAUAUUGGCAAUGAGAGCGGCGAUACGAUGGAAGCUUCAACCGAAGAGAUUGCAGAAGGAGGUGAUCUUUCAGGAGAACCGAAGACUCGGUUGAACAUGAUCGCACAGGUGCUAGCAAAUAUAGCAGAAUCAGAAAUGACUAACGAACAAGUUCACACAGAAAAAACCGAGGAAAACACCAGCUCAACUGUCUUAGAGGAACCCCAGGCAGCAGUUUGUAACGCUCAGUCGUUGUCUCAGUGGUUGUUGCCUGAUGAGUAUUUACCAAGCCAAACCCCAGGGAAAGAAAUCAUGUUACAUCCAUCAGUCACACGAGCUACAUGCCCCAGUAGUAUUUCGGGCAAGAAUCAUGUACAUGGGUUUGAUAAAAAAUAUUCAUUCCAGAUAGAUCCCAUUACUGGUCCACUUGAUGUACAGAUGGUGGAUGAAUACCGUACUUGGCUCCGAAACGGUCUGCUUGUGAGGCACGAUAGCAAAGAUGGAUGUAUUUCAGGACAUUCGGUCUGCUGUGUUUUUGUAAAAUACAGAGAGCACAUUGACGUCAUUUUCUAUUACUUUCGGAAGAAAGGAAAGUACGAUAAAAGGAACAAUUUCAGCUUCACCACUGUUGACUGCCUAUUCAAGCAGAGAAUUGAUGUGGUCCACCACGCAUAUCGCAAUGUUGAAACACAGACAACUGUGGCAAACGAAGAGCAAGUAUUGAUUGAGUAUGUUAAGGGCCACAGGCUUAUUGCCAAUGUCCCGUGGCAUACCGUUGACAACGUGUUAAUACCGGUGAAUAUACGAGAAGAAAAUCAUUGGUUAUUGGUACUCCUUUCAUUCAAGGACAGGCGUCUGUAUGUUUACAACUCGUAUCAAUCAGCCGGCCACAACGCAGUUGUUAGGAAUGAAAUAAAAAAGCUUGCUACACUGCUGCCACAUUUCCUACAUCUGGCUGGAUUCUAUGUAAAUCAAAAAAGCAUAGAUUUGGUGAAAGACCCAGCAUAUGCGGAUAGGGGACAGAUCGAUAUCCUUGCAGUUGUCUAUGUUGAUAAUCUUCCGCAUCAAACUGCUGGUAGAACGGACUGUGGUGUUUUUGUGGCAGCGUAUGCUGAGUAUUUGACAUCGGGUGAAAGGAUUGCAGAUGUCAUUGAUGCACACAUACAGCGUAUGAGAUACGGUGCACUCUUAUGGGACUACGCUGAAGGCAAGGUUGCUGACAAUGCAGAGAGUGAUAAUGAAGUUCCACCAAGACCGAUUAGGCCAGCAAUCGAUUACGACACUGUAGAUGCAAUUGAUGUUUGA